GCAUAUGACGGCGACGUCACGAUGGUGGUAGCCCGUUAGGUCCUCUUCGUUAACUUUCUGUACAGCGUAACCUGAAGCCGUGAGAGAGUCAUUCUUCGAGUCACCACUUUGAGUUACAGUGAAUACUUACCUAAGAAGAAAAUUCGGUGUUAAAAAGGUUCGAUUUUGAACAUUGAUCUUUUAAAGAAAAUUUCGGUGAAGAUAUCCUUCUUCAGUGUUCUCAUUUUUUGGUGUUUGUGGGUUAGGAAGAGUAAAUCAGGUCAACCUUUUAAACCUUUCAUCGAAGAAAAAGAAGGAGAAAAUAAGAAAAGAAGACUUUUCUAUUAAAAUAAAAUGUUUAAUUUGAAGAUAAAAAGUGUUUUUGUUUAAAAAGCUUUUUUAACAAAAAUUUUUAAGAGAUUUUUGUGCUGUGACAAUUUCGUUAAUAUUUUUAGUGAUGUUUCAAAUUUUAUUUUAUCAACCUCUUUAAAAAGUGAUUGACCUUUCAAUAUGGCCGUCAUCAAAGUACCUCUUCACUUGCUUCUUCACCUUACGGCACCGUUCUUCUUCUUGCUUCUACUGCUGCCAACGCGGACAACAGGAGCUCACGAAUACGCUAACUCUUACAUAUCUCCAAAUUCGGCGAAGGAAGAUCACCUUAUAAGCCAAGAAAUGCAACAUCACGUAACGUCAACAUCCGGUCCGAGUGAAAUUCGUUCGUCAGAAAGUCAAACUGUAAUCGAAAAUUUAUCGAGUGUGUCGAUAACCUUUCCCGAUGAAGAUCCUCGUCAUUCGAAAACGAAAAUAUUUGAUGAUAUUUUGAUUAAUGAUUAUAAGAAUAUUGAUCAUAUCGAUUCGAAUGAUGUGGAGUUAUCGGGGAGAUUGGUUCAAUUUAUUCAGCCGUCGAAGACGGUUGAUAGAGAUUCAAAUGGUGGUAGUUCGGGGGAAGACCGAGGGGCUCCAAAGGGCAGAUCAGUUCCUCUGGAGCCCCUUCAAAUCAACCCAACUGCAACGAUGAUGAAGGAGGAUUUUGUUACCCAAUCUCACCAACCGCGACAAGUUAAUCCCGACAUUCAAGACAUAAUAACAGGAUUAGUUAAACUUUUAAAUGGAAAGGUUAAUGUUCAAGCAAACACUGCUUUACCACCGGGAAGACCCCCAAUUCGUCCAUUAUCUUCAAGAAUUAAUAAUAGAGGUCCACCUAGAAUCACCGAUGUUCCCGCUUUACCACCAGAUUUUGAUUUACCACCUCCACCACCAUUAACUCAAAUGACACCACCAGCAACAAAACUUCCCACUCCGUAUCCGUUUGAUAUCCCCCCACAAAAUACAUCGCCGGUAAUUCGACCAUUUCCAAUGGAUAAAAUAAUUCCGGUUGGAAGUAAUAAAGGUAGACCACCUUUGUAUAGACCUGUUACAAUUCCACCAUGGAAUCGACUACCACCAAGAAGACCUCCACCACCAAACAGAAGACCACCUACUUAUAAACCAAUCCCACCAAGACCUAAUUUAAGUAACGACGAUAUCAGUAUAACCAGCGAGAAACCUGAUGAGGAUAUCUUAAAUUUCGAUAUUGGAACGGAAUUAGAUGGAUCAGAAGGCGAUAAAGAGGAAGAAGAUUCCACUGAAAUAAUUCCAGAAUUUGAACCAGAAAAGGAUGACAAUCGCACUGAAAUUGCAGAUCACAAAGAUACACUUAAUCAUCAAGUUGAUGAAAUCAACAAUAUAACGAAUGUUGUUGAAACCACAACAAUCAAAAUAAAUAAAAAUGAAACGAAAUUUACAACUGAAGAACCUUUUAUCAAUGAUACUACAACCAUAGAACCAUCAUCAGUUGAAAAUGCGACUAAAUUAAUGCUGGACGAUCGAUUAAAUGAGACUUCUUCUUCAUCAGAACCUAUUUUGAUUUUAGAAUCUUCAAUGCAAGAUGUUUUACAAACUACAAUGAAAUCAGAACUACAAUCAUCAUCAUCUUCAUUAUCCAGUAUCCCAACAGAAAGUCUUCCAUUAAUAACUUCAUUAGUAUCAUCAUCAGAAACACCUAGUAUCCAAUUAGAAACUUUUUCCAGCACUUCUUUAACUCAUACAUCAAAUCAAACCGAAUCAACUUCUUCAUAUCCCUCAUACAAACCUCGACCUGGUAUAGUUUUAGACGACACCGAAUUUCGUCCGGGAAGAAAUCCACUCGCUACGUCACGUCCGCAUCCCCAUCCUCAUAUUCAUCAGCCCGGAGAUAUCUUUGAUGUGACAGUUUCAGCUAUACAAGGUCCUAGUGGUCAAGGACAAGGAAAGCCUUACGUGAUUCCUGUUGAUAUUGAAAGUAUCAACUUGGGAUCACCAUCAGAUGUAAUUUUAACAUCUCAAGAUGGCCAAGGAUUCGUUUCAAUCGAUGGUAAAAGAACUUAUUUGAAUCUUUUCGGAGAACCAACUUCAUCACGGACAGUAAUUCAUCCAACGCAAGCUUCUAGUAAUUCAAUUACUGGAACUGGAUAUGCCGUGGUUGAUGUUGAUAAAAAACCGGAAGGUGUUCAUCAUAAUAUUAAACCAACUCCAAGAAGACCUAGCGGUUAUAGUCGAAGACCAAGUCAACAACCACCUGUAAGGAUAGACACUUGUAUAGUUGGUGAUGACUCAACAUGUGAUGGAUCGCAACAUGAAAUUUGUCGAACGGAAGUUGGAGUUAGUGCUUGUUAUUGUAGACCUGGACAUGCAAGAAGGAAACAUCGAGAACCAUGUAGGAAGGUGGUUUCUGUGUUGUUAUCUUUGAGGGUUGAUCGAUUGUAUGAAAGAAGAGUUGUAUGGGCCAAUGAUUUUUCGGAUAAAUCUAGUGUUAGUUUUCAAAAGUUAUCUUAUGAAACUGAAAAAGCUUUGGAAUCUGCAAUGUCCAUGACAAGAUUUUCAGAUGAAUUCCUCAACGCAAAAGUCAACAGCAUCUAUAAAGGUGAUAGAUCAGCUGGUCAAGGGGGAGUUUUCGUCAAUUUAACCCUACAGCUUGAAGAGAACGGUGAAACAUCUCGACCUCAAGUUCGCGGUGAAAUUCAAAAGCAUCUAUUAGGGGUAAUCCAAAGAAGGAGUAAUAAUGUAGGUGAUAGUGCUUUGUGGGUUGAUAGCCCACCUGGGUCAGUUUCAAAUUUGCAAGAUUUGGAUGAAUGCUCCUCACCCGAUUUACAUGAUUGUCAUAGUCAUGCUAAAUGCGUAAAUACUUUCGGUGGUUUUAAAUGUGAAUGUAACGAAGGAUUUCGGGAUCCAUGGUCGGAUAAUAGACAUAGAGCUGGAAGAUAUUGCGAACAAUGUUCGCCACAACAUUGUAAUAAUCGUGGGGAGUGUAAAUAUCAGAAUGGACAAGAAUUUUGCGUAUGUUCUGGGAAUUAUUAUGGAACACAGUGUGAACUUGAUGGUGAAGUUCUUGGGGUUGCAAUUGGAGCGAGUGUUGCUGCAGUAGUUAUUAUUGGACUUACCUUGAUUUGUUUGGUAAUGUGGACACGGAGAUGGAGUAAGGAACAAAAAACUGGAGUUGGAAGUCCUGUUUUUGGUUAUAUGGGUGCUAAUGGAAGUACAAUUAAAGCGCCACCUGUGGGUGCUCCACCGUAUCAAUUAACGAUGGAAGACCGAUUAAGAUGGGCUCAAAUAGCUGAUGCAAUGGCACAAGCUAACCAUUAUGCGCCGGAACCAGUUAUGAAUGGUCCUACUCGCCCAUCUUCAGCUGUUUUCGGUUAUCCUACAUUACCGGUUCAUGGUACUCUUCAACAUGGAUCGAUGCACGGUACUCUUCCCCCAAUACCACUUCCAAGAUUGGGUCUUCAAGCGCAAUUAGCUGCGAGAGCUGCGAGUGUUCAAGGGAUGCGCCCUUUGGACAAUUCAAGUUCCAGCGAAGAGGAAGAUAAGACUGAUCUAUUAGGGAGAAACUUUCAGGUACCCAGACCUAAAAGCAGGAGCAACGCGUCGAUUGCUAGUGGGAUUUAUUACGACGUCGAUUACGAUCAAAACGACAUUUACAGCAAAACUGGCAUGCCAAUGAGUACUUAUGCUAUUGGUAGACCUUACUUCAGGAACUAAAUUAAAAAAAAAUGUUUUAUUUGUGUACAUAUUGAAAUAUUUAUUGUAUAAGGUUGUAAUGAUUAAAAAAGUUGCAGUUUGAUUUGUAUUAGAAAACACUAUUUACAUUCUGAUUGUUAUUUGUUUAAUAGUAAAUAUAAAAAAAUAAACUUAAGAAAAAAAUAA